GACAAAUCACAGCUUGAGCUGCGGGCCAAUCCAUCGGAAAGCAGAUGUCAAGAUCAGCACAACUAGAACCCGCCUUCUUCCCUCAAGAGUGACGACACACUACCGCGUUCCGACAACUUACUACCACUCCUUUAGCUCCUGCAGCCUUAUACGAUCAGUCAGGAGCGGCUCAAGAAGUCUACGCGUACAGCUCUAGCUGAGGGCUAGGGCAGCGGUAAGCGGACGCAAUGAUCAGCAUAAGUAGACCACUUCCCUGUCUCUUGUCUACCAUCAAACACGUCUUCAUUACUUGGUCUGCGGCACUGUCGCUCCUCGUCUGCCAUGGACACUGCGUCCGUCAUCUCGAGUCUUUCAAGCGUUAAGCGCCAGAACUUUGCGAACGAUGAGUCUGCACGUGUUCACGCACUGGGGGAGGCAAGAGCGCUCAUGCUACGUCUGCAGAGACCAUGGGAAAGGGUCUACGACAUGAUGUGGCUCGAUCCGAUUACCAGUGUUACCGCCAAGAUCAGCGCUGACAUGGGUAUCUUUUCGGCUCUGAGCGCGCAACCGCAGACAUCGCACGAUCUCGCAUCAAAGACAGGCACCGAUGGUGCCUUGGUGACUCGGUUCUGUCGUUUACUGGCCGCUCGCCAGAUUAUCAAGGAAGAUGAUGUCGACAAGUUUUCCCAUCUCGAGUUCUCGGAGGCGCUGGCAGAUCCCAACGGAGUCGUCAACGGCAUACACCAUCAUUACGACCUUCCUGCUCUGUAUGCCCCCAAAGCGCCAGCAUAUUUCCGCGAAACAAAAUAUGUCAAUCCGACAGACGCCGAGCAUCCUCCGUGGCAAACACUUAUGGGCUCUCAGAGCUUCUGGAACUACAUCAAAGAUCGUCCCAGUGUUCUAUCGCACUUUCAAAAGACUUUGGCGUCGCUGACCGGCGAGACAGGAGCUUGGACGGAGAUGUAUUCACCUUCCCAUCUUUUGGAGGGUUACGACCCAGCGACUGCUCUGUGUGUCGACGUAGGUGGCGGGCUAGGCCGUGACAUGCGACACCUUGCGGAAGCCAUCCGGGACUCGCAUAGCAACGCCAAAAUUAUCGUACAAGACCAGGCAUCUGUGAUUGACGUCUCAAUGCAUCAAGCCAACCCGCUCCCGUCCAACAUUGAAUUGGCGGUCCACGACUUUUUCAGGGAGCAACCGGUCAAGGGCGCGCGCGCGUACUUGAUGCACAGUAUAUGCCAUGACUGGCCGGACAGCACGGCGCGUGAGAUCCUAGUCCAGCUUGCAAAGGCGGGCAAGGCCGGUUACAGCAAGGUGUUGCUGGUCGAUGGUGUGGUACCGGAGAAGGGCGCCAGUCCACGAACGGCUCAAAUGGACAUCAACAUGAUGCUGUUGUUCGCAGCCAACGAGAGAACUGAGAAACAAUGGCGAGCGUUAGUGGAAGGAGCGGGACUCAAGUUCGAAAGGAUCUGGAGCAUCGAGGGCGCAAUACAUGUAGUUGUUGAGGCAUCAGUGCUAUAGAAAAAAUAAACGCGAUGCACAC